AUGUACCUGGUUGCUAUACUUGGGAAUCUGCUCAUCAUCUUGGCUGUCAGCUCAGACUCCCACCUCUAUAUGCCCAUGUACUUCUUCCUUGCCAACCUGUCCUUCGUAGACAUCUGUUUCACCUCCACCACCAUUCCUAAGAUGUUGGUGAAUAUAGAAACACAGAAAAAAGUCGUACCUUAUGGCAGCUGCAUCAUGCAGAUGUUCUUUUUUAUAUUUUUUGCAACUUUGGACAACUUCCUCUUGACUGUGAUGGUUUAUGUUUGCUUUGUGGCCAUCUGCCACCCCCUACACUACACGGCAACAAUGAGCCCUCAGCUCUGUGGACUGCUGGUUCUGGUAUCCUGGAUCACGGUUGUCUCCUUAUUUUAUUGUACUAGCCUAGGAGUGUACCUUAGCUCUGCUGCUACCCAGAGCUCCCACUCAAGUGCAGUAGCCUCGGUGAUGUACACGGUGGUCACACCUAUGCUGAAUCCCUUCAUCUAUAGGUUGAGGAACAAAGAUAUAAAGGAGGCUCUAAAUGUAUUUUUCAGAGCAGUCAUAAAGGGGCCAUUUAUCAACAAGUACCUGUGCUUGCAGGCUUAG